GGCCACCAGAUACCCCAAACCUAGAGUUUUCUUUUUUUUAAAGACACAAGUCCUCCUCACCACACGGACAUCGCCAUCGAAUUUCAUUCAACAUAUCAUAUAGCCGCGAUCGUUCACUCUCCGUCGCGAAAAUGGUGCUGGAUCCCCCGCCCGCCCUCAAGCAGGCAGACGUCAACCUCUUCAAAUGCGCCAACCGCUGUAACCAGCUGCGCGCUCACAAGCCUAUUGUCGCAUACUGGUGCGACUACUGGGUUGUCAAUCAGAUACUGGCACAGGGCCUCCACACAGCGGACGCGGAGAUCUUGACAUACACAAUGACAUUGAUGGACAAACUGGAGCAGGCUAAAGCAGAGCAAGCCCACGAGGUGGCCGUCACAGAUGACGAGGCCGGCAAGGCAUACAUGCAGCAGUUCUCACAAGAGACGCUGGAUAGGGCACAGAAGGUCGUCACGGCAAAUAGGGUCACGGGAAACACGGCCAAUACGUUCGACGCUGCCGCCACCUUUCUCAAUUUGAUGAACAUUUGGGGUCCAGCCGACCACGAGACGCGACAGAAAAUCAAAUACGCAAAGUGGAGCGCCGUCAGGAUUCUAAAGGCAAUCAAGGAGGGGACCGAUCCGAACGAGUCGAACCCGAGAUUCGAUCAGGCCGAGGAGGAGGCUGCCGAGGGCACGGUGGAUCCAGAUGCUGAGCGCACCUCAGCGGCCUCGCCAGGGCCACGGCCAGUGUCGGUUGAGGAAGUCGCAGACUCGAACUCGAAGAGAAACUCGGCCGUUAUCUCUCUACCCGACACCACACCGGCGGUUCCGUCCCCUCUCACUCGCGAGGACAUGACGCUACCCGAUGCUCCCCCUGAAUCCUCCAGCGCCUCCCAGUUCUACGCCCAACCGGGUCAACAGCCCGGAUAUUUCGAUACGGAAGGGGGCGCGCCGCCUGCCAUGCCGUCUCCGAUGUCACCACCCCUCGCUCCAUCCGCCGCCCCCUUGGAGGUGCAAGCGUGGACGCCAAGCCCACCACCGUCUGCAAACGCACCCUUCGCGCCGCCGUCACCCCCUGCGGCCGGCCCCCCGACCUUUGCGCCUAGCUCGGACGCAACUCCUGCCGUGGCUCCGCCCCCGAUUAGCCCUCCCCCGUCUAACUACUUGGAUAUGACGCCGAAUCCCACCACCGCCAGGCCCGUCAUUCCACCACCAUCGGGGGUAUCUCCUACUCCAAUCGUCCCACAGGUGACGCGGCAAUAUGAAGCGCCUGUAGUUGCUCCAGUUGUCGUGCCAGCAGCUGCAUCGGCCACAGGGCCGCCAGCCUCGGGUUACAUCACGAAUGAUGCUGCCAUAGCCAAAGCGCAGAAGCAGGCCAGGUGGGCCAUCUCGGCGUUGAACUUUGAGGAUGUCCCCACAGCGGUCAAAGAAUUGCGCAACGCCCUCGAGACGCUGGGCGCCACAUGAGCCUGUGAUGGUGCCAGAUGGCCGCGAAGAUUCGGGAAAUUUCCGGCUUUGCACCUAGAGUAUCUAGUGGCCGGUAGAGGAGCGAUCCUCCUGUAAUUGCAAACCAGCGUCGAAUCGAGAAAGUUGCCUCCAGCUCUCACAUAUAUCCAUCCCCUUUAAGGAUUUGAAUACCUCGCUGGUAGUAAUGACAUGCCUCAGCAGCACGGGCUUUUGUCGGGCCGCUUGCCAUGACCGAACCAGGCGGCUGGAGUGGACAGAACUGACAAGGGAUGGGCCUUCAGGCUCCUCUCACGCCGCCGGGUGUUUAAUUCCGGAUGGAUGUUUGACUUCGACACUAGGUGGAUAGGGAUCCAUACACACGCAAGCCGGCCCUAGUUGACAGCUCUAGGGUACAAAAGGGGCCGUAGAGCUUGCUGGAGAGGCCAUCUUCACCGACAAAAGGAUGGAGGAAUUAUGCAUCAGUGGAUAAUCAUGGGGGCUUAAUGUUUGCGGUGGAAAAUCAACAGGCGAGCGUGGGCACGGCAUUUCGCAGAGCGAUGUGAGUUUGUUCUCAAAUCUCGCUCGCUACAUUAAAACAAAAACGGCGGUAGGCAUUGCACACCUAUGAUUAAACUUUAUUUACAUGAUAACAUCCAAGGCGGGGCCCGAGCAGCACACGGCCUAGGCGUUCUUGAGCUUGAAGCCGCCGGGGACGCGGUUCUGGAAGACCUGCUUGGGGUCAUAGCGGACGGCGACGUCGCGCAUGAACUUGAGGUUCG